AUGACAACAACAUCCAGCCCAAAAUUGCGUACGCUACUGUCGGCAUGCUUUUCCGCUAGUGUUCACGGAGGUCGCGUCAUUCGCGAAGUCGUACAGCAACAUAUUGCACUUGAUCUGGUGAACAAACAGGAAGGCGCGUACGAUCCACAAACUGUAGCAGAUCGUCGGUCUCAACAGCGAAUUAUUUACGCGCUACGUCAGGCAUUUCCAAAUGUGACUAUUGUAGGUGAAGAAGGUGAAUUAGCACCUCCAGCACUUGAAGAUGCAGUACAGUGCGAUCUCCAGGCGCUUGAAUCCAUUGCGUUCAACAGUGACUGUUCGCUAGACUGGGACGAUCUCGUGCUCUGGGUCGAUCCGUUAGAUGGCACGAAACGCUUUGCAGCGAAAGUAUACGAGGAGGUUUCGGUACUUAUUGGCAUUACGUACAAAAUGCGCCCUAUUGCUGGCGUCGUGCAUUUGCCAUUUCACGGUCGAUACGGGAUCACUUAUUGGGGUGGUCCAAACGUUGGCGUUUAUCGCACUGAACACGGCAAGACGGAUGCGCAAGUGACACACAUUCCGAUGUCGAGUCCCUUGGCUACACGUCCCCAUCGACCACUUAUCUGCACCGUUUCGUCCACUGCGUGCGACCAAGUGGACAAUGUCGUACAAUUAUUGAAUCCCUCUACAGUGUUAACGGGCGGUGCCACAGGCACGAUGGUACUAGGUGUCAUUAUUGGUCAUAGUGACGUCUUCUUUCGACUGAAAGCAGCCACUCGCAAAUGGGAUAUUUGUGCUGUCGAGCCUUUGAUUGAGGCGCUUGGUGGCAAACUCACUGAUACGCACGGUCAUGUCUACGUGUACGAUCACAUCAAAAACGCCCCGGAAUAUGACAACGAACGCGGACUUGUUGCGGCUUUGACAUGUGAUACGCACGAGCAUGUACUUAACGUGCUGGCCAAGGUCACUUUGACGAGAGCUUUGGAUGGCCAGAUGAUGACGCCAAAGUGGUUUCAAGAGUAUGUGUUUCCAGGACAUCAAGUGUCAAAAGUGCAUGUCGUUUCAAAUUCCAUUCAUUUUGGUCCACACUCUUCCGUCGUCAAACUCAAGGUACAAUUCAUUGAUCCUAAUCGUUCAGUAACAAUCUUUCUUAAAAAAUCCGCAAGAAAUGAGCUGCCAGCACGAUCGGUAGCUCAGUGGAAACGUGAUCUUGCCUCGUAUCGUACUGAAACAAAUUUCUACGCACACUUUGUACCAUUGUUGCUUGCUCACGGUGUACCUCUCAUUCGACCACUUGCAGUGUUUCAAAGUGAUCGUGUAGGUCACUGUACACAAAGUCUUGUCGCCACUGUUGCGAACGAGGAACAAAAGUGUACGGACCCUGAAAGUUUUAUGUUGUUGCUCGAAUGCCUCGGUACAGAAAGCACGGUGCCAUCUUCACCAUCCGUACACUACGAAGCCGCCGAUUGCCUUGAGCUUGACGACACACGACAAGCGUUAAAGUAUCUUGCACAUUUGCACGCAUCGGCAUGGGGCCAAGACGAGUUUCUUGCCAAAAUUCGUACAGCAUUGUGGCCACAUGCAUGUUGGUGGACAUUGCCAAAACGUGGUGAAAUGGAACUGGCACAAUGUAUUGACGUUUGGGCUCGAAUGCUCAACAGUUGGCAACAAGUGUUUCGAACCGAUGCAACUUUGUCAGCAACGAAUGCACUGUCGACAAUUGGAGAACGAAUGAUACAACAUGCUGUGUACAUUUCGAGUAACCUUCAUGACGCAAGUUUGACUACAUUAGUUCAUGGCGACUUUAAAAGUGCCAAUUUAUUCUUUGAAUCGCAAUCGCGUCAAGUGAUUGCGUUUGAUUGGCAAUGGACUGGCUUGGGUCUUGGUGUCCUGGACGUGGCCAAUCUUCUUAAUACAUCGGUGAGUAUUUCACUACUGGAUACAGACGACAAAGAGCGUGAGGUGUUGCAGUUCUAUUACGAGAGUCUGCAUGAAAAAUUGGGCACGACUCAUUUUCAUUUGCGUGAAAAGUACCCAUUUCCUGCGUUUGAGCGCCAUUACAUGUUGGCAACAUUAGAAUAUGCACGGAUUUUAAUUUCUAAGUUUUGGAAAGAGCUGACGCCACAGAAGUGCGAAGCUAUGGCGCACAAAACCAACUGUGGACUUGGAUAUCGGAGCAUCCCACACGUUGUACGCAUGUAUACGGAUGUAAAGUACUACGAUAUAUGA